UAGCUAGCUUGUUGCGCUGCGGCUCAUAUCUCAUGCCAAUUGUGUCGGGAUCGAUCGCGUCGUGAGCUUUGUUGCUUCACUGUCUUUGAGUUUCAGAAUCAGAUUAAUACUUGUUAAAUUUACAAAAUGGCAACGAAACUACCGAGAGAUGUUUUGAAAUGGAUUCAAAGUCUGGAUCUCACAUCUCCUGUCAGAAACGUCAAAAAAGAUUUUUCAAAUGGCUACCUUGUGGCCGAGAUAUUUUCAUGGUACUACCCCCAGGACAUCACUAUGCACUCUUACGACAACUGCAGCGGAAUUCAGGGCAAAUUGGGCAACUGGUCCUUGUUGCGUACUUUCUUCAAGAAGAAGAAUAUUGAUAUUCCAAAUCAGUUGAUCGAUGGGACUAUUCAUUCAAGACCUGAUGCUGCAGAGUUGCUUGUUCAGUACCUGUAUACAAAUCUCACAAAUCGGAAAUUGAAGCGUCUAGCUUUAGACCGUGACAUCGACUUCACGGACCAUCACUACCAGCAGACCUUGCCGAUACAUGCCAGGAAUACUGCUGCAAUGGCAGUUAGAACAAAUCUCAAGAUCACAGAGUUUGAAACGGAACCAAACAUCAUCACAUGUCAGCAAAAGGCUCAGGAUAUCAUUACGCGUCACAGUCAGCAUCGGCAGGAGGAUCGUUUAGAAGAUCCUGCACGAUUCAACAUCAAACCUACUAUAGGACAGAAGUGUGUGAGAAGACCCGUCCCCCAAACACCUCAUUCCACCCAGGCCAAGAACAGCCCACAGCGGGAAUACCUAAUCAAAGAAAACACUAAUUCAACCCCCAUGCAAACCACCUCAUCACCCAGCGUUCACUUCAAGGAAAUCAAGGUCAAUCAACUUGAUCAUGUGACACAACAGGUGAUCCGACCCACCAGCAUGUCGCCAAGCAACGUCCUCCCUCCAAUCUCUGGAAAAUCAUAAUGGAACAUUGGGCUUAUUAAAGAACAUUUCAAUGCCUUGGAGCCGUCCAAUCACAAAAUCAAGUGAAGUGUAUUCUGUUGUAUUUGUUGGGUUUUUUUGGGGGGGGUUUGCUGAUCUGUAUGUUCAGCUUUGUUAGCAGAGAGAGAUAAAAAAAGUUGAGUGCAGUCGAACAUUGGGCUUUGAUGGAAAAGAACAUUUCAAUGCCAUUGUGCCAUCCAAUUACAAAAUCACCCAAAGAGCAUUCUAUUUUUACAUUUUUUGUUGAUAAAUAUGUCCAUUUCAGAUUAUGCCAUCCUCUUAGUAAGCGUUGGUAGCACAUUGGGUGAUUUCAAGUUCGGUGUUGGCCUUGGUGUUGGUGUUAGUGUUGGAAUUUUGAUUGCUUCCCCUAGCUUCAAAACUUAUUCAGAGUUUUUGAAACUGAUCCAGAUCACAUUAUUGACAUAUCAAAAACUAGUGAGUGACAUUUCGGGACCAUCCUAAUGUUAUGUUUGGUGUUAUAAUCGUGUAAAAAUUGACCCAACACCAAAAGGUCAACACUGAACUUGAAAUCACCCAGUGAGAUGGGAAAUAGUUGAGUGUAAAAAGUUGAAUACAAAUAGUAAAUAGGAUUUCACUGAAUUGUCAGAGCUGACAUUUUUACUAACAACUUUCAGGAAUUCCUUCUGUCUAGGUAGAUUUUGAAGCUAAUGGAACAGACAGACAAAUUUCAGUCCACUUACAUGUGAUUCAUUAACUAUCUCGAGCCUGCGCACAUGUGUAGUGUCUUUAAAAUUUGUGUUACAGCAUAAUCUGCCAGGCUCCAACAGGUAUUUGGUGGGAUUGUAGGUGUUUGUCAACUUGAAUUAUUGAAAAUGUCAUUUUAACUUAUUAUUUGCUCUUGUGGUGCCAAGGCAAUCGGUUCAAGUAAUAGAGGAUUUCUGAAAUGUUUGACACUGUAAUGUAGAUGGUUCAUAUAUUAAUGUAAAUAUCCUUGUUGAUGUAUUAUUUAAUUAAAUGGCUUGUUAUAGUAAUGCACUGCUUAGGAUCACGUGCAUGUAUAUUAUGAAGUAAUAUUUAUCGAUUGAACUAAUUUUUCAUCUCACUUUCAUUGAGGCACCUGGUAUUUUCUUCAUACUGAUUUCAUUAAAACCUGUCUAAAAUGUCAUUGUGAUAAGAGUUGGGGCAACUCAAUAAUGGCUGUGUAACUCAGAAUGACUACAAUGUAAUCUUUUUGAAAAGUUUAACUCAAGAUUUUUUUUUCUUUCUGCGGCCAUAAGAUAAUGUUAAUUAUGUUUAGAUUUUCAUCUUUCCCCCAAAGAAGAAGUUUCUUUUACCCCUACCAACAGAUUUCUGAUAAUAAAGUACUUUACAAAUUGAUAAAUUGUCCCUACCACUUGUCACUACAGAUAGUCUCAGUGAUACAAUACUACACGAUAACUAGAGAGAUCUUAUUUAUAUUUGCAUCAAAAUUCAUGAAUUUCAUGUAAAAAAGAAUCUAUUUUUAGGUGUCGUAACAUAUGAGCCAAAUAAUGAAUGUUCUAUUCAUUUGUGCAAUGAACAGAAUACUUAAUUCAGUGAAAGAUGAAAUGGAUGAUCCAUAAAUCAUUUCAUCUUUCACCUCAUGAAGUAUUCUGCCCAUAUUGCACUCAUAAAUAUUCAUUAUUUGUAUAUCAUUGAACAGCAAAACAUUCUUUGAUUACUUCUUCUUUCUCAUUCUCCUGCUUUUAAAAAUAUAUUUCUUUUUCAAGGUUGGAUUCCCAUUUCGAUUUACUAAUAUUUUCUUAAUUAUGCAAUUUAAAUACUUUUCUGCUCCAUCAAAAUGUGAAUGACUGAAGUUGAAUACUUAUCUCUUAAUAUUGAUGCUAACUUUUGAAGAACAAACAGCUAAGAACACAAUAUCAAUGUUAAUUUCAGCUAAAAUUCAGCAUCCACUGUUUCUAAUUUGCAAAAAAAUUUUAUCUUUUGUUGGAACAGCAUAUACGCAGGUUCUUAAAUGUAUCCAAAUGUAAUUAAAGAAGGAAUAAAUUCAACAGAGAUAAACGUAGGUACAAUUAAAUUUAUAUUCCUAUAGCAGUUGGGGUCUUCAGCACUGAAAACUGCCAUUGAUAUUGCAACAUGUAGUUUAUAACUGUAUUAUUGAAACAUGUACAGUGUAGAUGAUACUGAUAUUAACAUUUAUUAAUUGCUAUAAUAUGGAUAUAGGAACUAAAAUCGGAAUAAAUAGAAUAAUGUGGCUGAGGGUUUUAUCUAUAGAUUGUGUAAAUUUUUGCAGUAUUUCUUUGACAUCGCCUUUAACAUGUACAUGUUAUGCAAUAAUAGCUUCUAAUGUGUAUUGAAAUGUAUUUCAGGAAAUUAAUUAAUUCAAGAGAUGACAUGUUUGUAUUAUAUGUUAAUAUUGCCUUUCAAGAAAACAUGCAUGAUAAUAAUAAAUUGUAAUUGUCUGUA